ACUACAUCAGAGCAUGCAUGGUUCACAUGGUUGAUUCGCUGGGAUGAACCUGUCGGAGGUAGACAUGGUGACGGUGGAUUUCAACCGGACAAACCUCAUCUCUCCCGAGGAGUUGGAGUGUGUGAUGUUGUACCACCAGGAGAGUCAGUUGUCAUCAGUUCCUCAGCUGGAGUGUCCCCGGGCCUGGGACUAUGUACUCUGCUGGCCUCCCACUCAGGUCAACUCAUCAGCCGUCAUACCAUGCUUCCCAGAGCUCAACGGGAUCAAGUACGACAUCUCCAAGAACGCUACCAGAUGGUGUCACAGUAACGGGUCCUGGGAUGAGUACUCGGACUUCUCCUCGUGCUCGCCCGUCUCUGGGGUAGAGUCCACUCUGCCCAAGCUGCUGUCUCCGGUGGAGAUCACCACAAUUCUCUACAUUACCGGGUACACAGUCUCUCUAGUCGCACUUCUACUGGCAGUCACUGUCUUCGUCUACUUCAAAGAUCUGAGGUGCCUGAGGAACACUAUCCACACUAACUUGAUGGGGACUUACAUGCUGUCAGACACCGUAUGGAUGCUUACUCACCCCAUACAGAUGUACCAGACCAACGAAGGCACGCUAGGCCAGGAAUGCACGGUAACGAUCCUCACACUGAACAUAAUACUUCACUAUCUGUAUUUAACAAACUUCUUCUGGAUGUUUGUUGAAGGGCUGUAUUUGUACAUGUUGGUAGUUAAAACUUUUGCAAGACAGAAUCUGAAGUUGAGAUCGUAUGCUUGCAUUGGAUGGGGAAUUCCUUUGAUCGUAGUGAUCGCCUGGAUCAUUAUCAAGAGUGUGUUCACCAACGACGCGCCUACUGAAGGCCCAUUGGAGGCACGCUUGAUCUCUGCCAUGAUGCCUCAAUGUUCCAUGUUGGUGCCUGAUGUGUAUGACUGGAUAUAUCAGGGACCGAUGCUUUCUGUCCUCCUCCUAAACAUAUUCUUCCUCUGUAGUAUCAUGUGGGUGCUGAUAACCAAGCUGAGAUCAGCCACUAAUGCGGAGACUCAGCAGUACCGCAAGGCCACCAAGGCACUGCUGGUGCUGAUCCCACUGCUGGGAGUCACUUAUGUUCUGUUCCUUGACGCUCCCACAGAGGAUCACUUAGCAAGCUACUAUCACAACGUGCGAGCCCUCUUGUUGUCAAUACAGGGGUUCCUGGUGGCACUCCUCUACUGUUUUCUCAACAGUGAGGUACAGAACACAUUGAGGCACCACCUGGCCCAGUGGAAGGAGGCUCGAGAUCUGAAUAUGGGGCCUCGCUACUCCACCAGCAAAGAGUGGUCUCCGUCCACGCAGCAGGAGAACAUAAGGUUAUUUGAGCCGAGCAAGUUCUUCAAACGUAAACGGCAGAUGAGUGUCAGUGAGGCUACGACUAUGACGGUCCUGGGACAUAGUCGAACCAACGGCUCCUACAGCGAGGGCCCGCCAUUACUUCAUGGAGAGAAUCAGCUGUAGCUCCAGUUGUAACUGAAACAGCUGCUACUACAGUUGAAACUACAAACGCAGCUACUGUUUGAUCUUUCAACAAUACCUCAACUCUAGUUACGCGAAUGUACAUCUGAGAUUUUGAUCAGGGUGGCUUCGAUUGUGGGAGUAACUAGUCUAACAUUGUAGCUCCAGCUGAAGCAGAGUAACUCUUAACCACAGCCAAAGUACGAUGUGUGAA